AUGGCGACUGACACGCGGAAGACUGUUUUGAUCACGGCGCCACUGGGAUUCCGCGUCUUCGCCACCUCGCGGAGCCUCAAGACAAUGGAGAGUCUCGAGAAGGACGGGAUAGAGACCAUCAAGCUGGACAUCACCGACGACGACGAUAUCUCGCCAGUCGCAAAUGAAAUCUCCAAGCGCACCGGUGGGACCUUGGACAUCUUGGUGAACAACGCUAGCGUCGGUAUGCUCCCCAAGUUCCCCAUACGGCCUUCCCGGACGCAGACAUGGAAAAAGGUCCGCCAACUCUUCGACAUCAGCGUUAUCGGGCACUACGCCGUCACCCGCGCCUUCAUCCCCCUCCUCAUCAAAGCAGACCGCGGCCCCAGCAUAUCAUAUAUGCCCUACAACGGGGCGUACGGCUCCUCGAAGGCAGCUAUUGACGCCAUCGCUGACACGCUGCGCGUCGAGCAGAGGGUGAAGGUUGUUAGUCUUCGUCGUCAAGCGCGCGUUUUGACAGUCACACGAUUGAAGCUCGUGACGGGCACGGUCAUGUCCAACCUGGCGCCGCGAUUGAAUUUCGACGGAGUUUUCCCUGGGGGUUCGAUGUACAAGCCUAUCGAGCAUAGCUUUAGGGACGUGUUCGCAAGAGGGACCAAGGGUUCCACUCCCACACAUGUGUACGCCAAAGCCGCUGUCGAUGAGGCGCUGAAGAAAUCGCCCGCACAUUGGUUCUGGACCGGCGCAUUGUCCUAUUCAAUCUGGCUGCUCUCGGACGGGAUUGUCUCGAAGCAAUACGGGCUGAACAAGCUCGGUGAGAUUGUUCGCGCACAGAAGAGAGCUUAGAACAAGCAGUAGUUACUCACCAUAAUGCUUACAUGUACUAGUGCUGACCGCUAAGAAUCGUCUCAAG